AUGAACCCUGAACAAAUAGACCAAUUACUUCGAAAUCAAGUAUCACAGCAACAACAAAUAACAGAAAUCCUGAAAUUUUUAGUUGAAACACGAAUUACCACACCCACACCAUUGAACAACAAUGGAACGGAAUUGCAGGUAACUACCUCAACACCGACAGAAAUAAAUAAAAUAGCCAUCAUUAAUAAUUUUAGAGGAGACAAAUUUGAACCGUCAAGUAACUCGUCAAUUGAAAAUUUUAUCGAAUAUUUUGAAGCCAAAUGUAGAAUAGGGGGUGAAAGUUACUUAAAUAUACAGAAAGACCUUUUAUUAUCAUGUUUAAAACCAGAAACAUAUCACGAAAUUAAAACAGCACUAAUACCCUCAUUCGAAAAUUCUACCUACGAUGAUAUUAAAAAUAAACUACUAGAUAUAUAUAAAACACGUAAAACAAGAUACAAGGCAUUGACUGAAUUUUGGUCUUGUAUCAGAGAUACCUGUGAAAGCAUGGAACAUUAUGCCAAUAGGUUAAAAGAACUCAGCAAAGAUUGCGGUUAUGAUGACACUAUAUUAGAACGACAGUUACGAGAUCGCUUCGCUACAGGGCUAAAUCAUCAACAAUUACAAAUUGAACUAAGACAAAAAUGGCCUGAUCUUAUAGAUACUCAAAACGGAAUAAAAACAGAAGUAACAUUUUUACAGUUAUUUGCUAUUGCUCAGUCUAGGGAACUAGCUGAAGCAGAUAUUAAUACAGAGUGUAACAUUAACAGAAUAUCUAACAAAACUGGAAACAGAAAAGAAGAAAACAUACGGAAACCAACACGCAAAUUACGCCUAGACCAAUGUCGCAGAUGCGGCAAGCACAAUAGACACAGCUUUAACAAAUGUGAAGCCAGAAAUCAUGAAUGUACAGAAUGUGGAGUUAUAGGUCACUUUGAAAGUUGCUGCAUUAAAACUGGCCGAGCGUACCUUGACAACUAUAAACCGCUUAAAAAAUCAACUAAGUUUCAGAAAAAUAGGCACUUAUACAGAAUUACAGAAAGAGCAAAUAUAACUAACAGAGUUUCACAAACACCAACUUCAUCAUUUUCAGGUAGCGAAGAAAGUGAGGAAGAGAGCAAUACCUACAAAAUACAAAAUAAAAAAACAAGCAGGUGUAAAAAAAUAGAUGUUAAAAUUAACGGUAUUAAGUGUACAAUGGAUUGGGAUCCAGGUUCCGUAUAUUCCAUCAUUAAUACUAAAAUGUGGAGAAAAAUUGGAUCACCCUCACUAAUGCAAGCACCCACAUUAAAAGCUUACUGUAACUUCAAACUAAAACCCAAAGGCUUAACUGAUAUUACUGUAGAAGUUGAUAACCGAAGUUUAAUAUUACCAGUAAUUGUAAUGAAGCAUGCUGAGCCAAUGCUCUUUGGCCUGCAGUGGAGUGAAUCUUUUGAUAUGAUUUUUCCGGAACCCGUUUACUCUAUAAAAAAAUUGCAA